UUAUUAUAUUGUAGCCGCCUGUCAACGAGUCAAAACUGCACCGCAUAGAUGAAAUCCAUCAUUCGGAAUUGAAGUGCCAUUCAUUAUAUGCACACGCCCGCAUAUCCUCGGACUUCUCGGCCCGCAACUACUCCCAAACAGGCACUUGGCAGUCGUUAUCAUCGCGGGUAAUUGAUAAAAAUGUGGAAAUAUUUGAUAAGAGCGGGGUAAUUGGGUUUCCUGGCCGUUGCUGUUCUCGGAAAGUGUAUCCGACAGGGCGGCACGGCAGCUAAGAUCUUGGUCUAGCCCGUUGAUACCGAUACCGCACGCACCGCAGAUAAUGAAAUCAACCUCGGGGCGAUGUAACGUGCCGUAUUAUAAAGAAUUAUCGUCGGAUUCAUAAUUUGUAUGAAUAUCAUCAACAGGAAGUACAUUACUCUUUGGGGGUUGGAUAGCUGGCCAUGUCUAAUCGCCCAACUAUGCUGCCCAUACUCGAUGGUCUAACAUGUGGCGAGUCAUACUGUCUGAUUGCCCUGGCCGCACUUGUCACAGGCUGUACCUUCUUCUUCACGAAGAGAUGUCGCAAGGUCCCGUCGUUCUCCACGAAGAAUGGACUUACAGCAAGAGAGAAAAGAGGCCUCGGUGACCAAAAUGCUACUUCAAAGCCCCAGACUUUUUUAGGGCCGGUUGAUACGUUGGUUGGCUUCGACUGGAAAAGUACAGAGCCACUGAAGCACCGCCCCUUUAAGCCGAAAUAUCAUCUUACUAUGGCACUGGAGAAAACAGAUGCCAAUAAUCUAAUCGUUAUGGACAAGAACUAUUUGGAUCGUGUCACUCUACGUCAGAGAUGUAUAUCCGAGUACCCAAAUACCGUUAUCGGGCACCUGGAAGGGUCGCGCCCGGCAGUCAAAGAACUAUAUGAGUUCCUCAUGGACGGUCUGCUUCCCGUGCGGUGGCCCCAGAUGUUUCAACGCUCAAACGGUCAGCUUAACAACCUGGUCACAGGUCACAGUCUGCCCAUCAGCUGCCCGGAGUCAUCUACAGAGGCACUUGCCCAGAUUGGGAGUAAUUUAGACGAAGACUUUCUGAUACUACUUCCUUCGGAUGAUGGCGAUGGAUAUACGCUGAAAGCUUUUGCAACUUGUUUCCCCAGCGGCUUUGAUGCGAGUAAGAAGCUUGGAUUGAAAUUGCGAGAUAUUCAUGGGCCUGUCCCGAAGUAUAUGGAUAUACUGAACAAGAGUAUGGAUCGAUAUUUUGCUGCGCUAGAGGUUGGGAAAUUUAAAAGGAGGUUCAAUUGGAGCGUUAUGACGAAUAGUAAAUUGUUUACUCCGUUUGAAGUCACUCAUUUCCAUGAUGGGAAACAUACCAAUGCCGACCAUCCUGCUGAAGUUACGGUGGAAAACACAUACCAGCGCACAGAAAUGCAGUCUCUGUUCCGCCUACCCCAGAGUGGUGCGAUAGUCUUCGUCAUCAAGACAUAUAUGUACCCAAUACAGGAAGUCAAAGAUGACGGAUAUGGGGAAGAGCUCGCAGCGGCUAUUGAGGGCUUACAGACAGGGAAUGUGCCGGAAAUGUUCUUCUACAAGAGGGGUCCAAUCUGGGGGGAGUUUGUAAAGACGUUUUUGAGAAGUUGAAAGGACGAAUGUAAACUGUAGUACUUCGAAUACUGUAGCAAGUUGUGUUGCCUGUCGGAUAUUGACUGGUGGUCAUUUGGGGGGAAAGGUCUUAAAAAGACCACCGAGACGUUACGACCAACAUGGAGACUGUAUCUAAUCUAGAUCUGAUUGGAGAACGAGACCUAUCCUGGGUUUCCUUUCAUAGGUAUCGCUCCUUCGUCGGAGCUUAGCUCUGGCUUGUUAAUGUGUUUCUGGCUAGUUUAUACUUUGCCCCAGGUGUCAGUCUAAUAAUAAACAUUUUGCCAA